GAAAACAAACCAUGUCACUUCCGGGCCCGAGACACCAGCAUCGUCAGACAGGUGAUUAGACAACGUUUGGAAACCGAAACUGCAGGGAGAAGCUGUGACGACUUUUAAUGGGAUGGCUUGAUACAGUUAUAGACAGUCACAUUAAGAGAAAUAAUCUGAGAAGGAGACGCCAUGGCCUGUGCUCGAGUGCCCCUGGAUGAGCAGCAGGUGACCGAGCCUGGCCCGCUGGGAAAAGAGCGCACACUGCCCGCACUGCACCCGGACAGGAAGGAGGAGCGCUAUUUUGUGCCUUAUAAGCCCCUGCCAGAGGAUAGCACUCCUGCUGAGGUGGAGGAGUUUUUGGAGCAUGCGAAAUUUAUCACGGAGGACCUGGAGUGGCUGCUCGCACUGCCUCACGAUAAGUUUUGGUGUCAGGUGGUGUUCGAUGAGUCCCUGCAGAGAUGCUUAGACUCGUAUCUGCAUCACGCUCCUCGCGGCCUCGACCUCGCCGCCCUGCCCUCCUCCCCGGCGGUGGCUGAAAUGCAGCGCUCCGUCCACAGGAUGGUCUUCUUGACCUUCCUAAGGAUGGCGACGCACAAAGAAUCAAAGGAGAACUUCCUCACCCCGGCUGUGUUUGGAGAAAUUAUCUACGACAACUUUCUUUUUGACAUUCCCAAAAUUUUGGAUCUUUGCAUGUUAUUUGGAAAAGGCAACAGCCAGCUGCUGCAUAAGAUGAUAGAGAACAUCUUUACCCAGCAGCCAUCAUACUAUAGCGACCUGGAUGAGACGGUACCCACUGUGUUAGAGGUGUUUGACACUAUCCUGGACAGAUGUGGUCUCCAGUGUGAAGGAGCCACCGCCAUGGAACCGAUGAAGCUUAACGCACACAAACAGCCCACUGCCAUGACCAUGAGCCAGCAGGAACUUGUAGAUAUUAUUUUGUACCUGUGUGACUCGACAACCACCAUCCAUGCCUUCCUGGACAUCUUCCCUGCUGCCUGCUCCAGCUUCCACUCCCACAGCUUCCUCGACAGAUUGACCUCGUUUUAUGAGACCGCUGUGCCUGACCUUGAGAAGGCCUUGAGGAAGAGAAACUUUGAUGAUAAAGGUGUUCAGGAGGACGCGUGGAAGAGAUUAUCACACUCCUGUCGGAAGAUGGUGGAGAUGGCUCACCUGGUGCUGCACCACACCUGCCUACAGCCGAUCCUGGAGGGCGGAGAAAACAUGCAAACGUUUGCAGAGGAGCUACUUCAACAUUUCACGUCUUUUUUACCAGAGAAAAGGUUCUUGUCAGACUACGAUGAGCAGUUCCCCAUCGCAGACGACAUCAGCCUCCUACAUCAGGCCCUGCCUGUCAUCGACGAGACCAGGACGUCCUACCUGCUCCAGGGGGUCGAGAGCGCCUGGGACAGCGUCGGGCGACGGAAACCGCAGAGCCAGAUUCAGCUGAGAACGUCCUCGUCAUUUGUAGCCAAUCAGGGAGCAGUGGGCGGUGCUUCUGCCGCUUCCUCUUCAGCCAGCUUUAACCCUCAAGAGGUCCGAGAACCAGGAGAAGGAGGAGAGAGUCUGAGAGGAGCAGAGGCCAUGCUGGAUGUUUCCCUAAAAGGAAAUAACGGAGCGGUUUGUCCGGUGAGCGGGGCGGAGCUGGAGUCUCUGCUGUCGUGUAUCAGGGACCUGCUGCCUGAUUUGGGAGAAGGCUUCCUGCUGGCCUGCCUGCAGGAGUACGACUACAACUCUGAGCUGGUCAUCAACAACAUCCUGGAGGACCGGUUGGCCCCGAACCUGGACAAACUGGACCGAGCCAUGCCGAGGCCUGUGAAGGAGGAGGUUUCAAGUGUUCUGAGCAAAAGAUCCAACGUGUUUGACGACGACGAGUUUGACAUCUUCCGCAGGGAUCAGGUGGACAUGUCACGCAUCUGGAAGGGCAGGAGGAAAGGUGAGAGCGCUCGAGAGCUGCUGGACGACAAACAGCACAUAGCGGAGCAGAAAGCUCGUUACCAGGCCUACGAGACGGUGGUGGACGAGGUCGUCAUCGAGCCCGGUGAAUCCGCCGCCAGCUACGGCCUGGACGACUACGACGACGAGUACGACGACACCUACGACAUGAACCAAGUGGGAGCCAACGACCUGGACGGAGACAGUCUGCUGAACAGAAGACCUUUUACAGUCCCUCAGGUACUAAGAAAAGGAAACAAACACGAGGAUGUGGACGAAGGCGAAGACGAGGAUGAGGAAGAAGAAAGUGUACAGAACAACGUUAACAGAGACCAGUUUGUGCAGGACCCGGCUCUGCUGAGGGAGAGGGCUGAAGCUAGAAGAGCCGCCAUGCAGCAGAGGAAAGGCAUCCGGCCGGAGCGUCCCAGCAACGUCGUGGGCCGGGCCAAAGGUCAAGGACAAACGUUGGAGACAUUCCUGGACCGACGCAAGAAAGAGGCCAACAAGAGCCGCGGCGCCAACCACAACCGCCGCACCAUGGCCGACCGCAAAAGGAACAAAGGGAUGAUCCCUUCCUGACCUGCGUGACGGCCCGCUGCUCGAACCAAACACACCGGUAGGAGGGAAAGAAGAACUGGCCCUGAAGUCAUAAAGAGGGAAAAAGCACCUGAAGGUUUUGGUGAAGAGUUGCAUUAGUUUACUGACUGUCUUUUAGAAAGGUGACAUUUUUGGCUUUUUGUGAUGAGAAGUUGCCGAGCAGCUUGGUGGACUGAUUGAGACCCAGAACAUCUGCUUUUAGCGUUUGAGCCUAAAGGAUGUUCAAUUCUUUGGCCCAAAUCAUUUUCUUUUUAUUGAAAAAAAAACAAACCAAAGUUCAGAGUGUGAGUCAGGGACUGACGACAAAGAAUAAGACCUUCUUUCUUUUUUUUUUGCCAAGUAACAAAUCAGUUUAUUGUUAUUAAGAUCCAGAGUGAUCGAUUGAAGUUUCUUUGACAUCAUUAUCAUCUUCAAAUAAACAACAUAGGAAUAAAAAGGAAGAAUUAUCCAAGUGUUUUUUGGAGAAAGUGGUUCCUUCUGUAGCUGGAAGAACAAAUUACUGACCUGGUGAUCAAGUCUGGACGUCAGCGGCAGAGCGGCGUGCGUGCGUGAAAAGCCGCUCGCAUGUUAACGUUUUAAAUGCAUGCAAGUGAUGUCAUCCACCCGCUUCACGCCACCGCCGCCGCCGCUGUCCAGUAUCCGCUAAAACUAAAGUCUAGUUAAAAAAAAAAAAGAAAUCCGCUCUGUGACCCAUCAUCAUUAUGAAGCUUUUGUGUUUUGGAAGCACGUGCAGUAGAGGAGCCUCCUACAUGUCGCCACGCGCACACACACACUAUUUUCUAUGGAGAAGACAGAUCUAUCGGAGCAUUUUGUAACAAAACAAAGA